CACAUUUUUUCUCUCUGUCGUGUUUCACUCUGUAUCAAUUUUUCUGUUAUUUAUUAUGAACUUUAUGAAUCGAUUCUGCGUGCCGUUUCCUUGUAUAAUCUACCUGUAUGUGUACUGUUACUAAUCACCGCUAAUCUACAAGUCUCGUGUCUAUUGCAACUACUACAACUACUACUACUAAUACUAAACACAACGCAGUACUCGUAACAUUUGUUGAUUUUCGCUAUUCUGUCGUAUCUCCGCGCGCGCUCCUCUACCGAAUCAAAAAGGAAAUCAAACAAAUAGUAAUCGGCAGCGGAAAUCAAGAAUCGAAAAGUGCAACUGCUGUGUGUGAAUCAAAAGUAGUAGCGGGGAACUGUGUGAAGUAGUGCGGAAAAGUGUGGAAGUUCAGUUGGAUUAAUCGGCACAAAAAAGGAAAAGUGGAAGCAGAAAUUUUUUCGGUUAGUUCGAUGUGCGCCAAACCAGUUUCCGGUCCGGCUCUGUGGAUCCGUUGUGGUUUGGUUCGUCCAAAGUUCCGGCCGCGGUCGCCACUCUGUGGCUAGGGUGUCUCCUUAAAUGGACUAACUGUGUCUCGUGGUCCGUCACUUCCGGUGUUUUUCGGUUCUGCCAGUGUGUCAUCGUCGUCAGUGAGUUCUCUCAUCAAAUACACUUCCGGUGUGUCUUUUACGUUUGAUUUGCUAUGUUCGGGACCACGAGAUGAAGAUUAUGCUACGGUUCUACCACUCUACCAAAUACUACUGUGUGCUACACUACUGAAACUCUUGGAUACGUAACUCUGACGCUGUACUACUCUCCGACUGUGAAUCUGCGCCGCAAAAGUGUGUGAACUCUGGAUUUUUACGUUGAACCAUUUUGUCCGUACGUAUGUGUCUCUGUGUGUGCAUCUCUGGAUGUCUGUUCUGAUUUCAUUUCUGCCGGAAUCUAACAAAACAGACUCGUAAAACUAUAUCGGCGAGUGCGAGUGAACUGCUUCCACCCUGAGGCCUCCUGCUGGGAGAUCUAUGUUGGGGACGUGAAUGCCGCCGGGAACAACCCGAACGAAGAAAACGGAAUCAAGUUUUUGGUAUCUGUGUCACGUUCGAAUAUAAAAUUUAUUCCAUCCCGAGGAACGCCCAACCCAGCCCGCAACUCCAGCCAAAACGCGAGCGAACCAGGAAAAAGCCCCAAAAGCGACAGAAACUAUCGAUUUUCGUCGGGACCGGCUGCUGCUUGCGCUUUGUGCUGCAACAUUUCUCUCCCCGUUCUGUUUACCGCGAACUCCAAACUAACCCCAAAUAAUAAGAAGAAAAAAAGUUACUCCCGGUUCUGACCUGCAGGGCCCAGGGAAAACAUGAAUUGACUUUUCGCGACCCGCUCCGCCCCUCCAGCAAACGAAACAAACAAGUACCUGAUUACACCGUUUUCCGUCUCUGCCGGAACUAGACCUUCGCUGCCCUUCUUCCUCCCUUCCCGUCGGUGACAAUGCCUCGCUGCCUGAUGGCGAAGAAGUGGAAGGCCUACCCGUGGCCCGAUCGGGUCGAAGAAUCCCCAGCAGCAUCACCCUCGCCGCCACCGCCCCCGCAAGUGGUGGUCGAAGUCCUCGAAGAGGACGAAGAAAUCGACGUCGUUGGAGACUCACCGGCGGCUGCAGCCUCCAAAGGCUCUUCCAACCCGGCCCAAUCGUCACCAUCUUCGUCAACGUCAUCGUCAUCGGCGGCAUCAUCCACAUCGACCGGAACUAGUGGUGCCACCUGUUGGGGUCCCUCGUCGCCCACGGCCGGUGCAACGGCGCCCAGCCCUCCGCCACACUCGCCGGAAGCGGCCACCCGGGAUGCGUCCUCGACUAUGCUCUAUAACG